GUUCGGAAUUGAUUUUAAUGUAAAUAAAGCACAUCAUAUAUAGAAUGUUUCGCACAUUUAAGAAACUAAGUACAUUGGAGUGCUUAUCAAUGCAAAUACUACCAAUGAAAAUCAACUUGAUUCAGUUUUCAACCAUAGCAAGCACAAAGUCAAUCAAUUCAAAGCUUCAUAUGAUAAAAGACGUGCCACUAUCUGACGGGCCAAAUCAAUCUCGCAUAUGGAAUGAACAAGAAAAAACUAAAUUUAAAGCGUCCUGGGUCCCAAGUCCUUAUCCAAAUACGGGCAGCAUAUUAAAUAAAUAUAAAAAACUUUCGAAGUUUCGUCUCACGUCGUUAGUGGUAAUAACAACAAUGGGUGGCUAUGCUAUGGCUCCUGCUAGUUUUGAUGCAACCUCAUUUAUUAUGUGCACAAUAGGAACUGGUUUGGUUUCAGCAGCGGCGAAUGCUGUCAAUCAAUAUCACGAAGUUCCAUUUGAUUCUCAAAUGUCGAGAACGAAAAACCGUGUACUUGUUACUGGUCAAAUAACCCCACUUAAUGCCCUCGGUUUCGCAGUAAUAUCAGCGACAACUGGAUUAUGUUUGUUAUAUUUCGGAGUUAAUAGUCUUACAGCUGCAUUGGGUGCUGGAAACCUCUUUCUUUACACAUCUAUCUAUACUCCAAUGAAGCGCAUUAGUAUUGCCAAUACAUGGGUAGGCUCAAUCGUCGGGGCAAUCCCUCCUCUGAUGGGAUGGUCAGGUUGUACAGGGACUCUCGAUACAGGCGCUAUGAUCCUUGCAGGAGUUCUGUACGCUUGGCAGUUUCCGCAUUUUAAUGCUCUUUCAUGGAACCUACGUCCGGAUUAUUCACGAGCCGGUUAUCGUAUGAUGGCUGUCAUCGAUCCAGCUCUAUGCCGUCGCACUGCAUUGCGGCAUUCUUUAGUUAUUUGUGGGAUGAGUUUGGCAGCUCCAUUUUUUAACAUUACUAAUUAUUGGUUUGUUUUGGAAUCAUUGCCAUUAAACAUAUACUUAUGUUAUCUUGCUUAUAAAUUUUAUCAAAAAUCUGAUAGUGGAAGUUCUCGGAGGCUAUUUCGAUUUUCAUUGAUUCAUCUUCCAGCUCUUAUGCUAUUGUUCUUGGCGAAUAAAAAAAAAUGGUAUUUUAAUAAUACUAUAGACGAUAAUCUUGUGAACAAUGAGGAGACUUAUGUACCCCUCAUUCCCAAAACGCAAUCAAUCUCAGUGAAAAACGUAAUAUCAGCCCCGGUUACAGUUAGUGGAAGUUAAUCUAGAAGCUAACUUAUUAAUAUAGUAUA